AUGGCGGACCCGCUGCGGGAGCGCACCGAGCGGCUGCUGACCGACUACCUGCAGUACUGCGCCCGGGAGCCCGAGCCGGGCGCCCCCGAGCCGCCCCCGUCCACGCCCGAGGCCGCCGUGCUGCGCGCCGCCGCCACCCGGUUACGGCGUCGCCACUGGGCCUUCUUCUCCCGCUACAUCGGCUACCAGGGCAAUCGCGUCGAGCUGAUGGCGCGGAUGGCCGAAGCUACGUUCUCCGACAACCGCGGCCUCAACUGGGGCCGCGUAGUGACGCUCGCGGCCUUCGCGGGGACGCUGCUGGAGAGAGGGCCGUCGGUGGUCGCCGAGUGGAAGACGCGCCACGAAGUUGCCCGGGACUGUCCGCGCCUGGUGGCCUUGCUGUGCGCUCGGCUCGUGGGACAGCACCGUGCCUGGCUGGAGGCUCAAGGCGGCUGGGAUGGCUUUUGUCAGUUCUUCAGGACACCCUUACCACUCACUUUUUGGAGAAGACGGUUGAUCUGGACUUUCCUGUCAUGCUUUUUAGCAACGGCCUUAAUGUAUUUCUGGACACAGUUACAUAAGUUCUAA